AAAGAAGCAGUCAAAAUGAAACGUGAUCUAGUGCUUGAACACAGUUUUGUCCAAAGCAACAAGAAGAGCGCACGUCGAAAAGCUGAUGAUACCAGUGCAUCUAGUUUCUCCGCCACUUCAGCGGGCGGAGAAAGCUACGAUGUAUUCUUGAGCUUCAGCGGCAAGGAUACUCGCAAAACCUUCGUGGAUCACCUCUACAACGGCCUCAUCGAUGCUGGCUUCCGAGUGUUUAGAGACGACAAUGAGCUUCGUGAAGGUGAGGAGAUCGGCACCAACCUUCUCCGUGCCAUUAAGAAUAGUAAGAUCUCCAUCCCCAUUCUCUCUCUGAACUACGCUUCGAGCAAAUGGUGCCUUCGAGAGCUCGUUGAGAUGAUGGAGUGCAUGAAGAGCGUCGGGCAAGUUGUCUUGCCCAUAUUUUACCGGGUUGAACCGGCUCAUGUGCGACACCAAGUAGAAAGCUUUGGAAAGACUUUCUCUCGUUUAAGUAGGAAGUAUUUGGAAGAAGAUGUUGCGAAAUGGAAACAAGCGCUCCAAGAAGUGGCUUCCCUAAAGGGAUGGGAAUCGGAGAGAACUGCUAACGGCCACGAAGGAGAAUUGGUGAAAAUGGUCGUCCGGAAAGUUUUGAGCGAGUUAAAGAAGGCCUUUCGGCUGGAUGUUACCGAACAACUUGUCGGAAUCGAUAAUGUUGUGGAGGAUAUCUUGAGAUUGUUGGACGAUAACCCUAGUGCUACCCAAAUUGUUGGUAUUCACGGAAUGGGGGGCAUCGGCAAGACAACUCUAGCCAAGGUUGUCUACAAUAAGCUCUCCGACCAAUUUCGGUGUCGCAGUUUCAUUGCAGAUAUUCGAGAGACCACGCGGCACAAGGGCAUUUCAAGUUUGCAGAAUCAAUUAAUAUUCGAUAUACUAAAAAUGGACGUUCAAGUGUCUAAUAUUGAUGAAGGAAUCGGGAUCAUGAAAUCUAGAUUUAAACGUAAAAAAGUCCUACUCCUUCUAGAUGACGUGGAUGAUAACGAUCGGAUCAAAGCUUUGGUUGGAAAACAUGACUGGUUUGAGAAGGGAAGUAGGAUAAUAAUUACCACAAGAAUAAGGCCUAUUCUUGAUGAUGUGAUAUGCCAGUACGAACUCAAGGAAAUUGCUGAGGAUAAAUCUUUGAUCUUGUUUAGUAGACAUGCCUUUCUAAGGGACUCUCCUCCGUGUGAAUUUGAGUCUCUCUCUCGUGCUGUCGUAUCCACUGCCGGAGGGCUGCCCUUAGCUCUCGAGGUUGUAGGUUCGUUUUUGUAUGGGCGAAAUCGAGGAUUUUGGAAAGACGCAUUAAAGAAGUUGAAGGAAGUUCCACAUGUUAAAGUGCAAGAGAAGCUGAGAAUAAGUUAUGAUGCAUUAAAUUAUGAGGAACAACAAAUAUUUUUGGACAUCGCUUGUUUCUUCAAUGAAUGUGAAAGAUUAUGUGUGUCCCACAUGUGGGAGGCUUGCAAUUUUCUUCCGAAUAUGGGGAUUGAAACAUUGACCUUUAUGUCGCUAGUGAAAAUUGGAUAUAAUGGAGAGUUGAGAAUGCAUGACCAACUGAGAGACCUUGGUAGGGAAAUUGUUCGUCAAGAAGAUUACAAAACACCUAUGAAUCGAAGUAGGGUAUGGAUCCAUGAAGAAGCCUUGGAAGUACUUCAAAGGAAUAAGGGAAAAGAAAAGGAUCGGGUUGAGGCCCUUUGGCUCGACGAAAACCACUCGCACGUGGAACUCACAACGGAGCAAUUUGAGACACUACCGAACUUAAGGUUGCUUAGAGUGGAUAACGCAACACUGAUUGGAGAUUCCAAAGGCUUGCUUCCUAAGUUACGAUGCCUUGCGUGGAGUAAAUGUCCUGCAUCCGUGGUCACUAGUUUUCAUCUGGAGAAAUUGGUCGUACUCUAUUUAUCGGAUUGUGACAUAUCAGGGCUUUGGGAAGGUUGGAGUCGUCUCAAGGUGGCGAAGCAGUUGAAAUUUUUAGCUCUUGAAAAUUGUCCUUGUUUAAAAGUUACUCCUGAUCUCUCAGCCUUCCAAAAUCUAGAGAUGUUAUCCUUCGUAAGAUGUGAUAAUCUGGAGAAAAUUCACUCUUCUAUUGGAGAAGCCAAGGGCCUCAAAUUUUUGCAGUUUCGGUGCUGUGAGAAACUCAAAGAGCUACCCCAAGAGAUGGGCAAGUUGGAAGAACUGAAGAAACUUUUCAUAGGCAAGACUGCUAUACAGGAAAUCCCUCGAUGGAUAUGCUCUUUGAAGAAGCUGGAGAUGCUUGUUGUCUCCAAAUGCAAAUCACUGGUUGAACUUCCAGACUCAAUUAGCCAUCUGGUAGACUUGUCGCUCCUUGAAUUAAGUGGUUACUCGAAAUUAUGUAGACUUCCAGAAUGCAUCGGAUCUCUCGUGAAAUUGCAGUACUUGUCCUUAGUGGGAGUGGGUAUUCCAGAAGAUCCCCAACUUGAUCAUGCUCUCUUUCAUAUCCCCAACUCAAUUGGGAAGUUGGAAUGGUUGACUGGAUUGGACUUGUCACGAUCAGGCAUUUGCGAAUUACCCGAAUCCAUUGGGGAUUUGAAAAACCUGAAAACUUUUUAUAUUGCUCAUUGUGAGAAAUUGUGUGGUUUACCUAGUACUAUUCGCAAGUUGGGCAACCUUGAAAUAUUAGACGCCACCGAAUGCAAGAGUCUGCAAGGGGAAAUCCAAAUAGAUGGGUUAUCUUCACUGAAGAUCCUUCGAUGA